CCCCCAAGGCAAGUUCUUUUUUAAGCUAUAAACAAGUCAAUCCUCUUGCUAAUCGCGGCGAUUGACUUCUUCUUGGUCGAUUUUGCACACUCUGACGAUUGUGUCGGUCCAAGAUCUUGGAAAAAAAAUCGAGAGUGACAAUUUGACAAAGUCUACGGUCGCCGCAUUGGAAUUUAGACGAUGACUUGCGAAGCGAAAGAAAUGAUAUGGUUCUCUGAAGAUUUGGACCUGGAAUGGAGGAGCUACCGCUUUCGAUUCUUUUUCUUUUUGUGCUGCUUCUUCAUGGAGCAGCACAAGGACAGCAGCAGAGAACGCUCGAUCCGACAGAAGUGGAGGCACUCCGAGUUUUUGGAUCCCGGAUAGGCCUCUCACCGGCAUGGAACUUCAGCGUCGAUCCUUGCAGUGGUCUCUACGGAUGGAACAACACAGCUCCGGCGGAGAGAUAUCAACCAGCGAGUGGAGUCCAGUGCGACUGCUCCGGGAACUCUUCCGUUUGCCAUGUGCUUCGGCUUGUUGUUUUCAAUAUGAAUGUAGCAGGCGAGAUUCCUCCGGAAACUGGGAACUUCUCUUCUCUUUUCGAUCUGAACCUUGGUCAAAACAUGAUCACUGGUACACUUCCAGCGGAAUUGGGAUCCUUAUCCAACCUACAGUACUUCAAUAUUGGGAUUAACAGGCUUAGAGGACCCUUGCCUGCAAGUUUUGGCAGGCUUACUCAGCUGCGUAGCAUGGGCAUUGGUACCAACUAUCUUACUGGUUCGCUUCCACCAGAGAUUGGCAACCUGCGAUUCCUAGAACAGUUGUACAUGGAUUCAAGUGGGUUAAGUGGAGAAAUUCCUCCCGAACUUGGAAGUUUACAACGUCUACAAAUCCUAUCGAUAUCAGAUAACAACUUCAAUGGCUCAGUAGACGUUCUUGGAAACUUAUCCAGCCUCCAGGAGCUGACAAUGGAAGGAAACAGGUUCCGAGGACAACUUCCAUCGAGCUUAGGCGCUCUUCAAAACUUGACGAAAUUUUCUGGUAUCUCCAGAUACAUUGGGGACGUUUCUGCCGGGGCUCGCAUUCCAGAGUCUUUGAAUCGGCUAUCACUUUUAAGCAGAUUAUCGUUGAGAAACUGUGAGCUGUCAGGUUCGAUACCGGACUUCAGCAAUAUGACCAGACUUGUGUUCAUUGAUUUAAGUUUCAACCAACUGACUGGUGUUAUUCCCUCUUCUCUCGCAUCGCUACCAUCUUUGGAAAAUCUAGUAUUGGCAAACAACAAUUUGAAUGGAGAAAUUCCUGCAGAACUUGGCUCUCUCACCGGUCUUGGAAUUCUGGACGUUUCUUUCAACAACCUGACAGGAGCCCUUCCAUCUUCUCUCAACAGAAGUCGAUUGCAAGAAAAUAUCAUCUGGAACAGUUUUAACGUUUCCAAUGCGCAAGGGCAAACUGCAGCUGAGAUGAACUGUUUGGAGACUCGAAUGGGAUGCAACGCCGUUGAUGCUGGAAGAAACUUUGAGUUGUCUAUCAACUGUGGUGGUCCAGCGGUUUCUGCUGACGGAAUGACUUUCACCGAAGAUUCGUCUUCUCUAUCGGAAGCGGUUUAUUAUUCGAACUCAAGCCAAUCAUGGGCAGUUAGCAGCACUGGCUAUGUUGAUUUUAACGGGAACACGUUCAAUUCAGUUCCAACUGCAGCUACACGCGUUACUGGAACUCGAGACUCGUCACUCUAUCAAACAGCCAGAGCUUCUCCUACCUCUUUGAAGUACUUUGGGCUUGGAAUGGUUAACGGGCCCUAUCAAGUGGAUCUUCAUUUUGCGGAAAUUGUUAUUCAGGACGAUAGCUCGGGGUGGACGGGGCUAGGAAGAAGGUUCUUUGACGUUUAUAUCCAGGGGUCAAGGGUGUUGCAAGAUUUCGAUAUUCGAGCAGAAGCCAAUGGUUCUUAUAUAGCCAUCGUGAGACCCUUUCCUGCUCAAGUCUCCAAUAAUGUUCUUGAAAUUCAUCUUUUAUGGAGAGGCAGAGGGACUUGCUGCUCUCCAGCUCCGCUUUCCUUUGGACCUCUGAUAUCUGCAAUUCGAGUCCGGCCUGAGUUUGAUACUUCUGGGCUGAUUCCAGCAACACCUUCCCCCUCCAGCGAUUCUAAAGUUGUACCCAUCGGUGUUGGGGUUGGUGUUUCUGUUGCUGUAGUUUUUCUGGCGGCGAUCUUUGCUAUCUUGUUUAUCCGAAAACGACGUCGACUGAAGUAUGGACAAGAUGAAGAAGAUUUGAGAAGUUUGGAAGCAAAGCCAAAUCUCUAUUCUUACAACGACUUGAAGAUAGCUACCCGAGGAUUUGCUCCCGAAAAUAAGCUCGGACAGGGUGGAUUUGGGAGUGUCUACAAGGGGGUGCUGCCAAAUGGUACAAUUGUAGCAAUGAAGGAGCUUUCAUCUAAAUCAAAUCAAGGGACUCGGGAGUUUCUGAACGAAGUAACCGUCAUCUCUGCUGUUCAACAUCGUAAUCUGGUUAAGCUUCAUGGUUGCUGCAUUGAAGGAAGCCAUCGCAUUUUAAUUUAUGAGUUCCUGGAGAAUAACAGUCUUCACCAAGCUUUACUCAAACCGAAAGAACGAGUAAUCCAUUUUGAUUGGCCAACUCGUUUCAAUAUCUGCGUUGGCAUUGCUCGAGGCAUUGCAUACUUGCACGAAGAAUCACUUCCAAGGAUUGUGCAUCGGGAUAUCAAAGCCAGCAACGUGCUUCUCGACAAGACCCUCAAUCCAAAGAUUGCAGACUUUGGUUUGGCAAAGCUUUUCAAGGAUCACCAGACUCACGUCAGCACCCGUGUCGCAGGAACAAUAGGCUAUCUUUCUCCAGAGUACGCAAUGAGGGGCCAACUGACAGAGAAGGCCGACGUCUACAGCUUUGGGGUGUUGGUGCUGGAAAUUGUGAGUGGAAGAGACAACUUGGACACAUCCUUACCCACUGAAAUGGUUUAUCUUCUAGAAUGGGCAUGGCACCUCUACGAGAACAACCGGCCACUAGAACUUCUGGAUCCGGAAGUGCCAGAGUUUGACGAGGGAGAGGUCCUAAGGGUGAUUCAGGUGGCUCUUCUGUGCAGCCAGGCACUCGCAUCGGCUCGUCCAACAAUGUCACACGCUGUGGCGAUGCUUCUGGGGACUGCCACCAUCGACGUUACCUCGCUACAGCCCGGCUACUUCGCUGCGCUCCAGAAUGCAGCUCCCGGGUUUUACACGGACGCGCUUGUCAAGAUGGCUUCAAACAAAUCGAGUUCUAUCCAAAUUUCCAGGAGUCCUUCCUCGGUCACAAGCAACUCCAACUUGCCAAUGAAUCAACCUCGCUGAAAACACGCACCUAUAUUCUUUUUGUGUAAAAAAUAUCGUGGAAUUAGCAACUUUCGAAAUACAAAACAAGGUGGCUUGCGGCUGUUAUUA